UGGACCGGCUGAUAUCAGUUUGUAGCACAUGACUCAGCACCAGAUUAUAUAUCUUUACUGGUGGGAUUACUGUUGAGGAUGAAAGGCAAAGUGGCAGCGGUUUAGGUGUCCGAACAGAGCUGGAAAGCGCUCGUUGCCGUUUGUGGUUGGCUUUGAAUCGCUUUUGGGCUGUUGGUAACAUUUCAAGUGACUUGUUAAAAGUGACUAUGAGUGUGAAUGCUUGAGGGAGCCUAUUUUAUGUGUUUAUGCCUACCUGGACUCAGUUUCCCCCACGCCGAAUACGUCUUGUCGUGUUUACAGUCCAUUUUUUCCUGGAAGCUGCGUCAAGUCAAGAUCAGACGGAGACAAUACAGAAACAGCCAAUCAGAGCGUCUUCUGGAGGGCUUAUAUAAAUACAGCAGAGCGCGUCAGCCGCCUGUCAUUAACAAGGAAACACAAGUGGAGCGCACACUUGUAGAAGAACAGACUCCCCUCACGAGUGGAAUGAAAACAUCUGAGUUAGUCACUGGACUCCGCUUUGAUUCCAACUAAAGGUACAAAUCGACGACUUGGUACAGUACAGUUCCACUAUUUGGAAGUUUUGCUCUGUUUUGAUAGCUUUGGUCUUCAGUAUAGUAAUACAGCGGGACUUUUGUGCUGGAGAUUGACUCAUUUUGGGACACUGAAGCCUCGGUGUCCGAGCAACAUCUUUUGCAGCGCACUCUUGUAUUUGACUGUCUGAUUUGAAAUAUGUCCACAAUAAUGGAACAGCCUUUUUAUGACGACUCGUUUCUCUCUGCUUAUGGCCAUCCAGGCGCAGCCCUGCAGGACUACAAGCUGCUUAAGCAGAAUAUGAACUUGAACUUCUCCGAUACAUAUCGGAACUCAAACUUCAAGUCACAGCACCUGCGCGCCGACAGUGAUUUCUAUCCAGCGGGGACGGCAGAAGUGGGCUCUCUGAAGCUCGCCUCUCCUGAAUUAGAGCGACUGAUCGUCCAGAGCAGCAACGGGGUCAUCACUACGCCGACACCUGCUCAGUACCUGUACAACCGCGGGAUCACGGAGGAGCAGGAGGGCUUUGCCGAAGGUUUUGUUAAAGCGUUGGACGACCUACACAAGAUGAACCAGAUGGCUCCUCCAAACGUGUCCAUCGGCACAGGCGGGGUUGCCUGCUCGGCUCCAGCCUCGGUGUUCGGCUCAUCCAUGCAACCGGAGCCGCUUGAGUAUACAACCCUGAGCAGCUGCACCACGAACCCCAGCCUGACCUCUGCAGCCAGCUAUCCCUCCACCACCAUCAGCUACCUGCCUCAUCACCAGUACCACCAGCAUCCUCAAGCCGUUGCGCACGGAUCACACCACUUCCAGCACUCACUGGCCGGGGCCGGCAUCCACCCUCAGCGGUUCGGAGGGAUGAAAGAGGAGCCCCAGACAGUCCCCGACAUGCAGAGCAGCGACAACAGCUCUCCGCCCAUGUCUCCUGUCGAUAUGGAGAAUCAGGAGCGGAUAAAAGCGGAGCGCAAGCGGCUGAGGAACCGGCUCGCAGCCUCAAAGUGUCGGAGGCGCAAAUUGGAGCGCAUCGCCCGUCUCGAAGACAAGGUUAAAGUGUUGAAAAAUGACAACGCUGGACUGUCAAGCACGGCUUCUCUACUGCGGGAACAGGUGGCCCAACUCAAACAGAAAGUCAUGACGCAUGUGAGCAGUGGCUGCCAGCUCAUGCUAGCACCCAAAGUAAAGUCUUAUUGAAGAAAUAAUGCACUUAUUAAAACACUGGACAGUACCUGGACUGACAACUCAACCUGGUCUUUAUACGUUUUUAGUAUGAAAACUGGAUUAUUGUGAUUUCUGCCAUCUAAAGAAACAUCACCCAUACACAGAAAUAAUACAAGACUAAAACACUUAGGGCAUUUUUGAAUAAGUUUUUGAAAGUGUCGUCUUGGCGUUUCCUGUUUACAUUUUCUUUAAUUGAUAUUUGUGAUGCUUUUUAUGUAAGUUAUUUGUGUUAGAGAUACCCUCAUGGACCGUUCUUGUUGGUUUUUGUUUUUUUUUACCUGUAUAGUAAAUAUUUAAGUAAAUGACAUUAUGAAAUUAA